UAGCACAUUCAUUUCACAAACACCAUUAAUCAACAAUUAACCACAACACCAUUAACGAUUGAUCCUCCCCAACCCAUUCAUUCUCUUCUUCAUUCUUCCCAUCCCAAACAAAAACAAAAGAAAAAGAUUCUUCUUCUUCUCCUUCGUCAUCAAUUUUGUUUGCAACACUAUUCUAUUCCCUUUGCAAAAUAUCUCAUUAUUACCACUAAUUAAUCAGAGAGAGAAGAUAAUUAACUAGUCAUUAAGCCAUGGGUUUCAAAUCGAUCUUCAACCUCAACAAGGAUCUCGCCCCAUCGGCGACGCCGUCGCGAUCCACGUCCCUCUCGGUGCGUUCACGCUCGCGCCUCGCGGAGGAGCUAGAACAAGUCUUCCACAAAUUCGACGUCAACGGCGACGGCAAGAUCUCGGCGUCGGAGCUCGGAUCAAUCAUGGGGAGCCUAGGCACGCCGGCGACGGAGGAGGAGCUCGACACCAUGAUCCGCGAGGUGGACGGCGACGGAGACGGGUGCAUCAGCCUCCCGGAGUUCAUCGAGCUGAACACCAAGGGGGUGGACUCCGACGAGGUGAUGGAGAAUCUCAAGGACGCGUUCUCCGUCUUCGACAUGGACGGAAACGGAUCCAUCACCGCCGAGGAGCUGAACACCGUGAUGAGGAGCCUCGGCGAGGAAUGCUCGCUCGCGGAGUGCCGGAGAAUGAUCGGCGGCGUGGACAGCGACGGCGACGGCAUGAUUGAUUUUGAAGAGUUCAGGGUGAUGAUGAUGAUGGGUUCUCGUCAUGAUACGACGGAUAGAGUUAAACCUGAAGCUGUUUAACAAAUUUGUACCCUCUUUCUCUGUUUCCUCAAUUAUCAUUCAUACAUGUUCGAUUGAAAUAUGUACCAUGAUUUGUUGAACAAUGGAUUAAGGUUGUUUCCGCGGCAAUGCACAUCUAGAUUUUAAGCUU